AUGGAGGAUGUUUAUGGUGACCACCCCUCCUUGGCCGGCAACACCAUGCAAUCGGCGCCUUACUCUCGUCGAGCACCCAGUCCGCCUUUUAUUUACAUCCCUACCACCGGAACCUGCGGCAACGUGAAUACCCCAAACCUCUUGCCGUCCUUUGAGAAUGUCGACCCGAGUCAGUUGACCCUCCAGGAUGUCAUGAUCAUCACCGGCAACGUGAGGCACAUCGCGACCGACUGCACCAUGGACUGGUCUUACGAAAAGCGCCGCGAGGCACAGCAGCUGGUCGACUUUUUGUAUCUCGGCCCCAACAUCGCCGCCAAGGACCACGACUAUCUUCGCCGCGAGGGCAUCACCAUGAUUUUGGUCGCCAGGGACGCUCGCAUGGCGGGCACCAGGCUCAACACUAUUGAGAAAGCUGCUGAGACUCUCGGUAUUACUCUGCAGUACAUCGACCUAGAAGGCUAUGAGAAUCUCAUCCAAACCUUUUCACAAGUCGUUCGCACCGUCAACGACCAUCUUCUCUCCGUCUACCACCGCCAGGCCGAAGAGAUCACCCAAGACGGUUCCAUGAAGGUCAACCCUAACAAUUUUACCCGUGGAAAGGUCCUCAUGACCUGCGAAACCGGCAACGACCGCUCAGCAGCUCUCGCGGCGGCGUACAUAAUGGCGGUUUUCGGAAUGGACAUGAUUACUGUGUUGCAGUUCAUCAACAUUUCACGUUUCUGCUGCGUCUUUGAUGAGGAUGCCAAGCGCAAGCUCCAGAGCUGGGAGGAUCUCAUCCGUGCACGUGCCCAGGUGACCCGACAAGCCGAGAUGCCCCAGAACGCACUGCACGCCAAGCGACAGAUCGACGACCACUACGAGGACCCGGAAUCUGACAUGAAGGACAUCACUACGGACCGGGACCGAUUUGAGGGGCGUCGGGCCUUUGCUCCCUUUUUCGAUAUGUGA